AUCAGCUCUGGAUCAGCUGCAGCACUGGCAUUACGCGCAACGCGACCACUUCGAGGCCCGAGGAUAGCUUCACUGCGGUCGGGCUACUCAGCCUCUAUUCUCUCCUUGAACUAGGCGGCGCCUUGACUAGUACUGUCCCUUACGAAGGCUCUCGUCUCUGUCGCCAUCUAUAGCCAGUACCCACUUUCGCGAAGCCUGGGAAUCAGAGCUGCAUUCCGUAACACAGGCACCUGCCAUUCCAUGCGUAUGAACCCCAGCGACCUCAGCAGAGGCCCUCACGAAGCAUAAUGUCCGAUGACGCGUUAAUCGUGCCCUGCAUACUACCAUCUGGGUCGCUACACUUCGCGACCGUUGGCGCGUCUGCUACUGUCCAGGAAGUCACAGACGUUCUCCUUCAAGACCCGGAGGUCCACAGCGAAGUGCUCGGUGACCUCGAGAACUAUGGCUGGGCUCUGCAGAAGAUACGGAGGGAGUCGGGCGGACGACGAUGGACAGAGGAAGAGUUGGAAGAGCUCGGAAACGGGAUUGUAUCGCCCACGGCUCUCGUCGCCCCGUUGCUCAAUGCGCCUUCCCCUACCGCUCGUUCCGAAAGGCACUUCUCAGCGUUCCCGCUUACAUCCCAUCUACAUACCCCGGUGCUACGGCUGGUGUCCCUUCACCCUUUCCUCGCGCUCACAUGCAGUUUUCUACGCGUCCCUGAGGUCCACGACGGAUUCCAAUGGAAACUAUUUGUCUCCAAGUCCAUGACGGUCCGAGAGGCUGUUGACCUGGUCAUUGAGCAGCUAGGGCUCAUGAAGACACUCCCAAUCCCGGGUGGUGGUGCCUUAGACUACGUACUGGAGGAGGUAUGGGCUCAGGAUGACGCCGAGAAGUCCGCCAGGUUACCAUUCACGAGCGCAAUGUCGAGUAUCCUCGAAUCCCCGCAUAUGCCCAACCCUUUCGUUUCAUCUCUCUCUACGGCGUCUCGCAGCUUCCGCUUUUGUGUGCCAGAUGAAUGGUACCGUCGGUCGAAGAGCAGACAAGUCUCUUCCACGUCCACUGAACCUUCGGAAGACACCAUCAGACGGCUCGCAGAUCUCGAGGAGGCAGACGAGAGCGAGGAAGCCGAGGGUACAGCGAAACAGAAAGAUCUCGCACAAGCGGAGGCACCUGCAAGCCCUAGCUCUAGCAUGACCACUGAUUGGCGUGCAUCGAUCUCGCAGAACAGAUUCUCUAGUAUCUUCGAGAGCUGGAUGCAUCCCACCAGCCCCGAGGCCAAUACAGGCACGAUUUCCACGAAGGAGAAGGCUGUUAGCGAACCUAAGCUUGUUGAACAGCACACUGGCGGGACUAUAGUAGGUACUCCCUUCGAUUCAGGAGAAGAGCAGGAUCCGAAUGGCUUCGAUGAACAAGAGUUUGAACACGUACUCGACGAGCUUGGGUUGAAAGGAGCCAAGCGGGAACAGAUGUACCAACUCCCACUGGAGAAGAAGCAGUACCUGCUCCGCAACCAAACAAUCUCUCGUAGCUUGACCAUGUCACGGGCCGCCGGCACAAGGCAGACUGCUGUACAUACUGCAGUGCCGUCCACCUACGGGCCCGCCAGUGCGGCAUCAUUCCUGCCGCGUUUGGUCCCUCAACUUACCGGCGACUCUGGUUUCAUGAAGCGUCUUUCCAUCGCUAGCUGGGGAAGCGCGGGCUCUCCUACGCCAAGCCCUGAUCAACGCGGAAGUGUCGACUUCAGCCACAGAAGGCGGGACUCAGCCGGGUCCACGAAGUCGCAGGCAGAGAGUAUCACCGCGCCGACGCUACAAUCCCAAUCUACGGGUGGUCUUUGGAGUAGUUGGUGGGCAUCAUCUGGCGGGGAGAAGGGAGGGGCCAAGGAGACGGAGAAGACGCCGAAGUGGUAUGUUGACGGUAUCCGGUAUGGGAGAGCCACGGACAUGAAGCUCGUCAAGCAUCUGAUCUCACUCCGAGUGCAUCUAUCGACGGCGAGUCUGGUGUGGAUCGAGGAGUUCGUUGCGGACGAGAAUGGCAUGGAUGCGAUCGGGAGGCUGCUGAGUGGACUGGUGAGCAAAGGUGGGAAACGGAGGAAGCUGAGCGAUAUCGAGGAGACUGUGCUCCUCGAGAUCAUCAAGUGCCUGCGGGUGUUGUUGAACACCGAGCCCGGCUUCAACGAAGUACUCAGAGCACCAACGCUGAUUACGCACAUUGCCUACUCCCUCCACGGCUCCUCCGUCCGACUUCGCACCUUGACUUCCGAGGUCCUGGCAGCAAUCUGUGUGCUCUCGCUGACAGAAGGUCACAAAGCUGUACUAGCCGCGAUGUCCGACUACAGGGUGGAGUUCGAGGAAGCCUUCCGCUUUCAGGAGCUCAUUGCCUCGCUACGUCUUCCCGAGGCCACCGACGACGGGACGAUCACGAAUGAGUUUGGCUACUCCAACGAGGAAGAUGGCGUGUGGGAAGCUCGAACCGCGUCCAUGGCUCUGAUCAAUGCCCUGACAAAUUGUCCUGAUGCCUUGGAAGAGCGCAUACUCCUCAGAGAAGAGCUCGGCCGGCGUGGCUUGAACGAAGUGAUUGUAACGCUGCGGUACAUCAAGCCUCCAGAUUCUUUGGUCACUCAGCUCGACGUGUAUACUGAAGAGAAGUUCGAAGAUGAGGAGGACAUGCGGGAACGCGCUCGUAACCUCGUAGGCGACGACCACCCUCAGUCAAGCUCUGAGCCAGUCGUUGAGCAUCUCUUACGUAUCGCGCGGGAUGAACAGUCAUACUAUGCGACUGUCCUGCAGAUCAUGAGUGCUCUGAGCUCGCUGCUGGAGCGGGAUGUCGAUAGCCAACUGAAGGGCGAUCUCCUUAUUAUUGUCGACAAGUUUGUCGAACAGAUAGCGACGCUGGAUGACCUUGAAGGUAGCUGGACGCCAUGUUUGAACAAGUUCAUUGCCUCUGUUCAGCAUGUCACCGGUGAGAUCCUUGAGGUCAGAGCACAUCUUGAAGGGCACGAAUCUAUCCUGUCGGAAGACCUGGAGUCGCUUCGUGCUAGUGUUGAUUCGUUGAGUCAAGAGAGGAGCGACCUUCGGAAUCAAGUUGCAGAGCAGGCCGCUGAAAUCAAGACGCUUCGCGCCCUCAGUUCAGGUCCAGCCUCAGGUGGACGUGGUGGCAGUAGUCUAGGUACCGAGUCCAAGCAGAGCUUCCAUGGCGUCGUGCAGCGUCUUGUCCAAAAGGAGAAGGAAGCCUCUCAACUUCAAGCAGAGCUCGAGCGGCUGAAGGCUCAGAAUCCUAGUGAAGGUAGAGAUGCAGACGAACGCGCGAAGCGCGAGCGUGAUCGAGUCAAGUGGAACACGCUCAUGGAGGAGAUCGCGAAGCUCAAGAUACAGGCAAUGCUAGACAAGGAGAUUGUGUACUUGAAGCGUGCACUCGAAUCUGUAUACUCGCGUUUCCGCUCACGAGAGGAGACUAGAGAGGAGACGAGGGAACUCGAAGUCGAUGCGGAGAUGAUGGCUACGCAGGCCAUCGCUAGUCUCACUGAAAAGGACGAGGAGAUCUCGGCCUUACGCAUCAAGAUUCAGGAGAUGGAAUCCCAGCUGGCGGCGAAGCCAAAGUUCAUCACCGAGUCCGCCUUCAAGCGACAGGUUGCUCCUCCACCUCCACCUCCCGGCCCUCCCAAGACUUGGUCGGCUGCCGCGACUGCGAAUGGCAUUCCAGGUCUGCCUGCUGUGUCUCCUCCUCCUCCUCCCCCGCCACCGCCUCCCCCGCCACCGCCGCCACCUCCACGCAUCCCUUCCUCGACAGCCUCCAUUCCGACCGCAGAGACCGCACCCACAUCCAUACCUUUGGUACCAGCACCGCCGCCUCCACCGCCUCCACCGCCUCCACCGCCUCCGACAAGCCCACACAUGGGCCUAGUCAAUGGCCACGACCCUUCUAACCCAUUCCCGCAGCCUCCCGCGCCCCCGCCCCCUCCACCUCCUGCGCUAAAUAUCCCUGCGCCCCCUCCGCCGCCGCCGCCACCUCCGGGCGUCGCACCACCACCUCCGCCCGGACCACCGCCGCCUCCAUCAGCCUACAAACGUCCGCUCAAAGUCGCCAAGCCCGCGAAGCGUCUCAAGCCGUUCUUCUGGAACAAGCUCUCCGCUCCCGCGUUGGGCUCUACGGUGUGGACGCAGAUACAGCCGGAUGCGGCGUUCGACCUAACGGAUCUGGAGGCGACGUUCGCGAUUGACAAUACACCUACGAGUCCGUCACAGAUGUCGGUGACGUCGCCCCGCAAACAGUCGGUGACGACUUUGUUGGACAUCACGAGGGCGAACAAUGUCGCUAUUAUGCUGUCUGGUAUCAAGAGGGAGUUACCUGAGAUUCGACUUGCUCUCCUUACGCUUGACGACAGCAAACUAUCCGUCGACGACCUGAGGGCUAUUGGCCGACAACUGCCAACAGCUGAAGAGGUCGCCAGGCUCAAGGACUUCGGCGAUAUCAGCAAGUUGGCCAAGGCAGAUCAGUACUUCUACCAGAUCAUGUCGAUACCGAGGUUGUCACAGCGGCUAGAUUGCAUGCUCUACCGGCAGAAACUGGAGCUUGAGAUUGAGGAGAUUCGGCCGGAACUCAACAUCGUCAGGAAUGCGUCCCGUGAGUUGCAAUCGUCCUCUAGGUUCAAGAACGUCUUGCAGGCUGUUCUCGCUGUCGGGAAUGCGCUGAACGGGUCGACGUUCCGAGGCGGCGCGAGGGGCUUCCAACUUGAGGCACUGUCAAAGAUGAAAGAGACGAGGACGGCCAAGGGAGGCCCUGACUGUCCAACUCUCCUGCAUUAUCUAGCCAAGGUGCUCUUGAGAAGUGAUGCAAAUCUUGUCCUCUUCGUCGAAGAUAUGCCGCACCUGGAAGCGGCUGCACGAGUGUCAGUCCAGACGCUCAACGCCUCUGUGCAAUCCCUCGUUGAGGGUAUGAAGCGCGUCGCGGAAGAGAUCCGCGUGAUGCAGGGUACACCCCAGGCACCUGGUGAUAGGUUUGUUGCAGUCAUGCAACCCUUCGUCAAGACAGUGAGCCCUAGUGUAGACGCUCUCAAGAACAUGGCCGUGGCACUAGACAAUGAGCUACGAUCGUUGCUCGCCUUCUAUGGGGAGAAACCUGAUGGCCAAGAUGCACCGAAGCCGGAAGAGUUCUUUGGUCUCAUCCUAUCGUUCUCGUCGUCAUUGCAGAAAGCCGCUCUGGACGUACAUGAUGCCGAGGAGAAGAACAAGGAAAUCGCACCCAAGGCUACGCCCCUGGGGCAUCCUCGUACUGACUCAGAAGCGACCAUCAAGCAAGAUGCUACGCCUUCUUCCUCACCAGCAUUAUUGGCACCUCCGAGCUCGCAAGGCCGCGCAGGCGGACGGUCUAUCGGUCGCGGCGACUUCGAUCAGGCCAUUCUCACCGUACGGACAGGCCGGCUGCGCCCUCGGACGCAGAAGCAACCAAUCAGCAAGAUCUUCGUUGACGGUGCACGGACGAGUCGUAUAUUUGACUGAAUGCGGGAUCUCAUGCCCUUUGCUUUAUUUCAUUAAUAUGUUGCAUGUACCAGCAUCUACUGUGCUUGUACGGCUCGUGUUCGAGUACUACUGACAAUAUUAACAAGGGAUUGGACUAACGGAACGUUCGGAAUGAAUUGAUAUACACGUCGAUGUACAAACUUCGCGCGCU